AUGAAUCGUGGAGUACAUGCGUGCGCAUCACCGCCUUUGCCGGCGGCGGCGGUGCCAGGAACAGCCUCCUCCCCGUUCCGGAGCCGCUUCCGCAGGGACGGUGUGCACUGUAGCGGCAUCGCUUCCCCGCCGUCACCUCGUCGCAACUCUUCCUGCUCUCCCCACACUGGAAAGCAUCGACAUGACCCAGCGGAUGACCUGGCGUUCUCUGUCGAACGACCGCCGGCGAUGUCACCACUCGCACUGGCGCUACAGGCACAGUGGCGCCAACUACAGCAAGAUAUGCUGAGCCCGUCUGCGCUGCGUCCUGAGCAUGGCGACGCACACACUGCACAGAUGGAGGAGGACAUACUACGGGUGCUUCGCUCCAUUGCUGCUCGAGCCGACAUGGCGGUGAACGACGCCGUCCACACGGUCCCGUACCUCUUAGCUCUGGGUCAGGUGCCUCUGCCGUCCCUGCGCACCCAGGUGGUUGCACUAGCGGCGCUGCGCGGGGUGCUCUCGUCUCUCUCCGGCGUUUACGGGGACGAGGCGGCUUCGGCGUUUGUGCACGAUAUGCUCCUCGGUGAGCACCAGGGACUGCAGGCACUGAGUCUGUCCGCUUUGGUUGCUCUGGAAGGAUUUCAAGCUGCUACAGGGAUGCACGACGGCGGCUCUACGAAGGCUGAUGAGCAUCGCCGUACAUCCUCGGCGCUUGGCUCCUCUCUUGCUAGAGCUCCCCUGAGCCGGAGUGGUCACCGCAGCCUGCUCUCACGAGGCCAAGGCAACGCGCAAGCGGAGGGCAGAGCAUGGCGAGCGCCGUGGGAACACCUGGAGGUGCCCAAAGCAGCACCGGCAGCGCUGUCACAUGUGAGCACCGCCUCGCGCCUCGACAAUGGUGCGGACACAUCGCUUGAAAAGUCGACGGCUCUGCACGGGCGCACGGUGCACGCCACACUGCAACUUCUCCGCGACGCUGCCGGAAUGUGUGGACCAGUGGCCGAUGCGCUGCUGUCCAGUGCUGCUCUGUUAAAGUCGUGCAUAGGUGGCCUUCACCGACUGCCGCCGCCACCACCACUGCCAGCUGGAAGCGUGGCGGGUCUCGCCGGCGGAGUCUCUGCCGACAGUUCUGAAGCCAUGUAUGCGGUCUACUUCCACCACUGCGAGGACGUUCUCUCUUUACUCCUGACGCUGCUGAUCGCCGAGUCCACGCGGCACAAUGAAGCAUCCCUGGUACUGUGCAGCUUCGACGCUCCUCGUGCUGUGUGCGCACUGGCGCAGCGCCUGGUGCGCACCAAUGUCUUCACCUCCGGCGCGGUCUGCGAAGGAUCCAGUGGAGCCACUGAGGAGGACGCUUCAAUGCUGCUGUGGAGCGCGCUGAAGGUGCUCGGCCGGCUCACACGCGGCUGCCCGGCUGCGGUGAGACUGUUCCUCAGCGAGGACGCCAGCGUACCGGCCUUUCUUGUGCAGGUGCUGACCGUGUCGGUCGCCGAAAUACGAGAGGCGGGCGCCCUAUGGGUGGUGGCGCUCUUAGAAACUCAACCACAGGCCUCUGCUGAGCUUGUUCACGGUCUCCUGCAUGACGCCUCGCUCCUCACGACGAUGUCGUCGCCGGGCUCACCGCCAAAGGUGCCGACGCUCUCCUCCUCGGCUCCCGUGCCCGUGUUUGUGGCAUCGUUGUUGGAGAUGCUGCGCUGGCGUGGGGCGCAGAUGCACGUCUUCGGCGUCUCCGCCAUCUUGUGCUGGCGGUGGCUGCUCUUGUCCGAUUCAUCACGCGUCGCGGCGCUGCUGUUGCGCGACAGCAGUCUGCUGGCCACUCUGAUCGAGCUGAUACUGCGUGGGGCGGCUUCCACCUCCUCGUCGUCCUCCGCUGCGCUACCAGCACGGCUGACCGCUUUAGAGGCACUGCACGUGUUCGCACUCUCCUACGCGUUGGGCAGCAUCGACACUCGUGCGCGUCUGGAAGCCCAGGUGGUGCGAGGCCAGCUCUCGCAUGCGACGCUGCGUCAGCUGCGGACGCAUGCGCACAUCAUCCUCGAGCGGACGCACCCGGCAUACUGGAACGCGUUCCCGGCCAUGGAGGUGGGGUUGCUGGAGGAGGAGGCAGAGCUCAGCGAGGAAAUGCGGCUGGCCGGCGCGACGGUACGCAGGUGCGUGGAGGACGAGGCGGCUCGGGGGGCCUGCUCAUCAGGCCCCUCCGCAUCGAGUCUCAUGCGUCGUCCCGGUGGUCGUGGAGGACUCGCGGUUUGCAUCUCAACUGGUGCAGCCUGGCGGCAGCUUGUGCUGGAGAGUGUGUGGGAGUUGACUGCGGGUGUGGCAGCCGACGCCUCUUCCAAUGCCGUCCCGACACCCUCUUCUGCGCGCAGCUCAAUAGCUCGAGGUCACGCGGCAGCCCCACAGCAGCCGCAGCCAGCAAGCUCGCAGACCUCAGGCUUUCACCCAUGUGCCGGGGUCUCCGCCGGGGGCGCGUUUGGGGUCUCGCCCGUACGCGUGCUUACGUCAGCAUCAUCUUUGCGCGCCACCGCAGCCCCAGUCAACUCGGCGGGGGGCGCGAUGGCGGAGAAUAUGGGCGGAGAGGAAAGCGCCACAUCUCUGGUCGAUGCGUCAGCGCCUCCCAUCCUUACCCGAGCGCCCCGCACCAUUCGAGAGGCCACACUGCUCCCGACGCGGCAAAGCACGACGGCUUUUCGCUUCCGUGUGGUGCAGCAAGCAGAGAACCUCGAUGGCAUUUUUGUACAAGACAGCAUGCGGGUGGUGUUGCACCUCUCCCAGCACUAUACCCAGGCAUCCACCCAAAGCAGGGCAUCUUCUCAGAUCAGUCCGAGUAUGACGCGUGUGGCGAAGGAGCGGCAGCGCUGUGGCGGCCGACUACUCCAUAGCUCGCCAGGAGAAACUCCCCGGUCGCGCUCGCGCUCGACAUCACCGCCUCUGCCUGUGGGGCCGUGCGUCUCUUCGGUCAUGGCAUCUCCGAGCGCUAUCUUCGGAACGGCGCCGCGCUUUUUAGAUUGCAGUGCGCGGAUAGAAAAGGAGCGCAACCCGUUCGUCCCUGUUACGAGGCUGGCAGAUAGACGGCAGGCGCAGCUGAAGCGUCGUCAGUGGGGGGUCAAGGAGCUGCAGCGGGAGGAUGUACUCCUGUUUCUAGUUCACUACACUCAUCUCAUGACGGAGUUGCCGGACGCCAUCGCUGCCGUCGAGGAUCAUCUGUACUACUUGCGCCGGCAGCUGCAGCUGUGCCCAACGCGUGUGGUGCGACGGCGUUGCUUACUGAACGAUCUGUACAUGAACGUGUACCCCAAAGUGCACUUGUUUCUGCGCUACGUCCAUCAACAGGCACGGCGGUCGCGCAGCGUGCUGCAGCUGCUCUCCACGUUCAGUGGUGGCACCAUACACUCCGGAAACGUCUUGGAUGUGUAUGACGCAGUAGGGCGGUGCACCGGACUCUCAGCCGCGGAGUAG